AUGCAUGUCUACUCUCGAGCUCGACGGUUGGCUGCAGAUGGCACCGACGACCACAGCAGCCGCGACAACAACCACCAUCACAACAAGACCACUACAGACGAAGCGAGCAAGGACAGCUCAGCGCAGCACUCACGCGCGGCAGACCUAUGGAACAUGAUUGCCCAAGAAGACGAACAGCGGCCAUCGUCACCGAGAGUGUGCCCGCCCAGCCCGUCCUCCGAUGCAACUGCGUUCGGAGCUUGCUCAGACGUACGCUCGGAUCCGCUCUCGAGCGACGGCAGCGACUGGGCUCUCGCGGACGAGUUCCAGCCACUUGAUUCCGAGCCCUCGUCCAGCCUGUCGGACGACCUCGACCCAGCGCGUGCCGCCGACAGGACUACCCUUGUCGCAAGUGACCUUGUAAAGGACAGUGGGAUGGCCAUCGAGUCGGCAUCCCAAGACACAGCCCUGCCUGAUCAAUCGCGACGGAUAGGAGUUCCAAGCAGUCACGGUUAUCGCCUCGGGGAUUUGUUCGCUUCCCCGCGUAUUAUGCUUUCAAACGAUAUAUUGAGUGGGCGAGGGAGAAUGUUGCCACUGUCAAGUGCAUCAGCCCGUGUGGUGAAGGCGAAAUCGCGACAACUUGUCGCUCGCAAGCAGCCCGUCCAACAAAUGCUGGAUGCUGGCCAAAAGCUCGAGUGCAAGACUUGUGGAAUGAUCAUGGCUGCUCAUGACGAGCAAGCGCAUCUCAAGCACCACGAAGAGCUGCAGAUGCGGAAAGAGGGCCUUGUCCCUAGGUCGCAUCGCUGGGAAAGCACCGACUUGGCCACCGACGCACGAACGAGCGGCAUGUUAGUUGAAGUUCGCAAGUCGGAUUUAUUUUUUGAUACCGUGGUACUACCACUAAUGUCUGCAGACCUUGGAUUGCUGUCGGUUGAGGAAGCUAGCCAACUGCGGAAAUUUUUAUUUAUUACCAGAGACACACCACAGCGGGCUGUGGGCUGUGUUAUGCUGGAAGAGUUUAACCCUACGACAAUGACGAUCAUCAGCCCGUCCAAUUCUUCUGGUCCCGCUGCGAGUGCCUCCUCCACUUCCGCCAGCACCAAGCCGGCCGCAAAGGUGGUUCUCGGUGUGAAUCGGAUCUGGGUGAGCAAGGCAUUCCGAAAAUUCCACAUUGCCACACGUUUACUUGAUUUUGCAAGGGCGCACUAUUACACUGUUGGCACAGUAGAGAAGGCAAACAUCGCCUUCACUCCUCUCACAGACAACGGAAGGGCAUUCGCCUUGGCGUAUCUACAAGAAACAAACGCGCCGCCCGUCGAGUAUCAUCAUACAAGUUAACUCUACCUUCGAGCAUGCAAAGGCUUGUCAUCAAUAUCGCACUAUUUAAAUGAAAG